AUGGUCUAUGUACAGUAUGGACACAGAAUACUGAUUUUAUGAUUUUAAGGUUACUUCAUUUUAAAAUUUAAUUCAAACUAUACAAGAAGGAAUUCAUUAUUAUUAUUGAAAAAUUCACCAAUAUAUACCAUAUAGACACUUAUAAUAGGAGCAAUAUUCUACUUAUGUAAAUACUGAUUAUGGAAGGAGAAUUAUCGAAAUUGGAAAAACAAGCGUUAGCUCGUAAAGAACGAUUGAAAGAACUCAAACGUAAACGAAAUCCAGAUGAGCAUAAUGGAAUAACAGAAAAUGCAUUACCGAAACCUAAAUUCCGAAGUUAUAAACCAGAACAUGACGACUUGAGUAAAAAUAAAGUUCCUGAUGCGAAACCAGAAGAUUUAACAGAAGAAGUCAAAUCUCAGCUGGAAUCUGCAAAGGAAAGUAUUAUCAUAGAUAAUUUGGACUUAUCAACACUUGCUCCUCGUAAGCAAGAUUGGGAUAUGAAGAGAGAUCUUGCUAAAGAACUUGAAAUAUUAGAGAGGAGAACUCAAAAAGCAGUUGCUGAACUUAUACGUGAAGAACUCAAAAAAAGGCAGAAUCUAGGAGAUGUUGCAAGUUUAGAUAUGCCAGGGUCAAAACUAGUAAUUUCAUAGUAAAAAUAGAAUGAAAUGAAACACCAUAAUUUCUUUCUAAAUUGAUUGAACACAUGCAGAAAGAGUAUAUGUAACAACCAAAGAAAGAGAUAUUUAAGAAGGAUGCUAUACUGGAUUAAAUUAUUUUUACGAUGGUUUUAUCUUUCUUUUAAAGGUAAAACCAAAAUUUGUACAGUAACACAUAUUUGCUGAUUCAAAUUUACUUCGUAUUUUGCUGGGAACAUAAUGGUGAUAACUCUUGUAUUAAUUAUUUAUCAAAUAUACUGUGUUCUGAUUACACAAUGAAUAUUUGAUUGUCCAUUAAGCAAUAAUUACUUACACAUACUAUUUGUAUAAUGAAGCCUAUAUACUCCAUUAUUACUAGUAAUAAUUGACCACAUACGACAGAAUACAUUACAAUGCAAGAAACUUUAGAGGAAAGUUGAAUCAUUUGUUAUUUUUCUAUGAAGAGAUGAAUAAAAACAUGCUAUUAAU